GCACGACGUCGGUGUCAGCAUUCUGUCUCCGCCCACCGAAUGAUGUUUCGCUGACUGCCGCUCGCUAGGAAGGUCAAGCGGCAACUGAAAUGUCGGAAGCAUGGAGGUAUCCCACGUUUUUAUUAUGCGUUUAUGGGUUUUUCUCAAGCCUCAGGCCUUUAGAACCCUUCCUUACCGCAUAUUUAAUGGGACCUGAUAAAAACUUAACCGAGACCGAGGUCGUCAAUGAAAUAUACCCAGUGUGGACCUACUCCUACCUGGCACUGCUGUUUCCCGUCUUCCUGGCCACAGACUACCUCUGUUACAAGCCCGUGAUCAUCCUGCAGGGGGCGAGCUUCGUCGUGACGUACAUUAUGCUGGUGAAGGCCCAGGGGCUACGGGCCAUGCAGCUGCUGGAGUUCUUCUUCGGGGUCGCCACGGCGACUGAGGUGGCGUACUAUUCGUAUAUCUACAGUGUGGUGGAGCCGGCGCAGUACCAGAAGGUCACCGCCUACUGCCGAGGUGUCACGCUGCUGGGCUCCACCGUGGGCUCGCUGGCCGGGCAGGUCCUGGUGUCUGUGGCGAAGGUCCCCCUGUUCUACCUCUGUGUCGCCACACUGGUGUCCAUAGGACUGGCUUUCAUUGCUCCCUGGUUCCUUCCCAUUGCCAGCAGGAGUUUGUUUUUCCACAAAAGUGACAGCAUCGUCCUGGCGGUGACAGAAGACCCUUCAAAAGGGGCAAUUUGUGUCUCCAUGGAGAAUCUGAGCAAGGAGAAGGUGGAGGACAAUGAAUGCAAGAUACUGCUUGAGCACAACAUCCCUGCGCCUGUGACCAAGGUUCCAAAGCCAGUCGUUGGGAGCGCUGGUGCUCUUGAUGUGUUGAAGACACUCUGGCGCGACUUCCUGCAUUGCUACUCGUGUCAUACUCUCCUGGCCUGGUCUUUGUGGUGGGCUUUGUCCACCUGUGGCUAUCUACAGGUGGUCAACUAUACCCAGGUCCUGUGGGAGAACAUUCUUCCUUCUCAGGAGUUUAUGAUCUACAAUGGCUAUGUGGAGACGGUCUCCACUGUGCUCGGUGCUUCCAUGGCAUUUAGCGUGAGCUUUGUGACGAUCUCCUGGACAGCCUGGGGAGAAUUGUGCCUUUGCUGCUUCACUGUUGUCUUAGCAAUAACAGUGUAUCUUAUGGACACGGUCAGGAACAUAUGGCUGUGCUACGCCUCCUAUGUUGUCUUCAGAGGCACUUACAUGCUACUCAUCACAAUUGCCACCUAUCAGAUUGCUGCUAACCUCAACAUGAGGAGGUAUGCCUUCGUCUUCGGAGUGAACACCUUUAUGGCCUUGUUGCUACAGACCAUACUGACUCUGAUUGUGGUUGACUCCAUUGGACUGGGCCUUGAUAUUUUUUCUCAGUUUUUAAUCUACGCUUGCUACUUUGCGACGAUCGCCGCCAUCUUCCUGGCAGCCGCCCUGCGCCGGCUGGCAGUGAGGUGCCAGGCCCAGCCGUCGAGUCAGAGCGGGAGCAAGGACACGGACUUGGACUCGCUUGGGGGCGUCUCGUCUCUCCAUGACGCAGAAGCGAGUCUGCCUGUGGACGACCGGCUGCCCCCCCAGGGACUGUUAUGAUGUGAAGAAUGGGGACUGCAACAGCCUUCAGUGUCUCUGUAAACCUGCCUUUGCACACGCCACAUUAUCCGCACCAAAAUACAAUUCUUAAAUGAUGCACAAAGAUACUCGUAGUAAUGGCAGGUCCAGAUCUUGCAGGCAGGACACUCUGUUGGCAUGGAAGGAAACCAGAUGGACCAACAUGACCUAUUUUAUGAGGAGAGUGUUGAUACUUGAACGGCCGAUAGUGUUACCACUGUUUUGGUACAAAAAAACAGUGUUUUGUUUUCUAUGAAUGCAGAUAUGUUAUGUUACGCACAAUGAAGUAUUAUGCUACUGUUUUGAUAGUAAUGGGGGUCCCGCGACUACCCCAAGUGCAGCUCGUCAUCGUGGUGGGAAAAAUAACAUGCCUGUGGACAGAGGAGUGUCACAGGGGCAUCGAGCACUUGACAGGGCCCCAGAAAUAUGUAAAACUGGGUGGGGUGGGGGUCAAGGUGAAAUUUCAGUUAGGGGCCCCAGGACUUCAAGGUGCCCCCCUCUGGUCUGUAUGACAGGAACGCAGAUGAGCUGCCAUGGGUUUUGGCCACAUCAGAAUUGGGAGGAAGGUAAGAGAGCUUCAGUGUGCCACGUGUAAGCCAUGUGUAAAUGUAUCAAAAAUCCAUCACUGCAUAUAGCAAUGGGAACCUCUGUGAUUUACUACUCAAAAUAUAAGAUUUUCAUGAGAUUUAUACCGAAUAAACUAGAUAUUACCUUCCUUGGCAAACAGUGAUUGAAAGGAACACUUCAAAAUGUACUUGCACCAUGUGCCUUAGUAUUUUAAAUGGUAAACUUGUAGUUAAGAGUCGUUCAUUGUUACGUUAAGAUGAGAACUUAAAUAGAUGUAUACACGUAAUUUUGUUUGCACAAGUAUUUUUAUAAUAAAGAACUAAAAAUGUG